GCUCAGAAAAUUCUACCCAGCAACUGUCGUCUGAUUCUUCAAAGGAAACCUGUGGCGUCCUGAUCAAGAGGGCGAAGAAGCAAGAAAGGGCUUACAAGUUACAAUUGGCGUACGUUGCGAGCCAGCCUUUGUCAAUCCAGAAAGUGGUGAUUAGUGUACUUGUGAAGAUGUCGUCUGAGGCGCAGUCAUCGUCGGGAGCCCCCCCUGUUCCUGUAAAGGAGACUGGGCCCGAGUUGAAGUACCUGGGGUUCUUCCGGUUGUAUGCCAUCAAGCUGGCGGCAUACUUCCAGUCCCUCUACAAGCAUGGCAAGAGCGCUGUUCCUCAGGCGCAGCCCUACUUUGAGUCAGUAGAGUCAACCGCGUGGAAGUAUCUCAAACCAGUCUAUGAGGCCACAGAGGACAAGCCCCAGAAGCUCCUGGUGUUUGCUGACAAGAAGGUUGACCAAACCCUGAAAACUGUGGACAGCUACCACGGCUACUGGAAGAAGUCCGCCAACUACGCCCUCGGUCUGGUCGGCAAGGCCAGGGACACCGCUCUUGAUACUGUGGGGGCCGGAAAGCAGGUCGUAACUGACGUUCAGGAGCACGGGCCAUUUGAGGCUGCCAAGGCAUACUACGGCAAGUACGAGCCCUGGGUGGAGAAGAAGGCGUACGGCCUCUGGAAGUUUGGCCUCGGUUUCCCGCUUGUUCCCCAGGCCGUUGAGCUCGCGUUUCCUGUGGCCAAAUUCGGUGCGGAGAUGUACAACGACGUUGUGGGCACCAUCAAGGAUGCCAACUACCCGGUUGUGAAGCCCUUGUUCGAGCUCUUCCCCAUAGUCCCCAUCGACAAGGUCGAGAAGACCGUGAAGUCCGACACAAAAGAGGCCAUCUCAUCGAAGUCGUCUUAGGCUGUUCGCUCUAUCCUGCUUGGAUCAGUCUUGUAGGAGGCAAUGGUGUACACGUGGCAGGGGUUGGUUCACAAAGGUUGGGGGAUUGGAAAGACGAUGGGGUGUUUGGAAUGUGUCAGGUAGGCGAGGGCUGAUGUUUCUGCAGAUGACAUAAACGUGGCAUUUAUUAGCCAGGCUUCGAUAGCUUGGCCUGAUACCAGACCCGCAAAGGCUUCGCUAUUUUGGUAUUGGUAGGUCAUUGCGUGAGUCUGCCACAUAGAUGCUCCGUUUCUUAAAGGUCCUCGUACUCUAGACGCUACAUUUUAUGCAGUCGUGCUUCAAUAGGUUUCCAUAUAUAAAAAAGAUAGGCGCGCAAAACUGAGGAUUGUAGUGUGUGAAUCAAAGUUUUCAAAUAAUGGACAGUUCUUGCUGCGCAUUAGUGCAGUCAGGCCUUCCUUGUCAAACGACUUGUUGCUCUUUGCAAUCACGGAUUUAGUGCUGCGCUCAAAU